AUGGCGAAUCCUAUUCACGAUGCACAAAUCGAUAUUCUUUUAAAUGGAACAAAACAGCAUAUGGAAAAGUUGACAAAGAAAUAUUUAACAUCUCCAUUGACUAUUGAUCCCUUCGAUUUGUUUUUCCGAGAAUUAAUCGAAUAUCUCGAAGGCUUCUAUCAAAUCAUGUCGAACGUCUGCAAAAAUGUGUCGGGAAAGACCAAUAGAGUACUACAAGAAAAUCGCACCUUGUUAGACCAAGUGAACCAAGUGGUAAAAUCGAAUGGAGAAUUACGCACAAAUAAUGACCAAUUGAGUGAAGAAAUCAAAGGCAUUCAAGCGAGAAUGCAAGCACGUGAAAGAUAA